UAAAAUGUAACUGAUGAUCUUACUAAUAACAUUAAGUGAAUAAAACUUAUUUUGAAUAAGUUUGUUGACCUUACUAAGUUUGAUAAAGUAAGGACAACGUUUUAGCACGGUAAGUUAUUAAACUCAAAAGAUUAAAUUAACCUCUACUUAAAAUAAUAAGUAUGUUGAACAUUUUCGAGUGGUCAUGCGCAGUUCUACCAGUAGGUGGAGCCGAUUUGAAAACGUAAUACCAUUAUUUCGGAUGAGGAAAGCACAUGGAAAGAGCUUGCUUUGUGAGAUGAGACAUGGAAAGGAAAUAUCAAUGCAGAGUUUAUUCGCAUCACAAGCAAAAACCUCAAGCAAGAAUUUUUUACAGCACUUGAUCAACAUACAGCUCCAUUUCUGGCAGUUGGAAAGAAAACUUUCUGAAUUUGUGGGCACUGACAUCACUGCAAAUCGCACAGCAGUUCUUUGUGGACUUCCCCUCAUUUUUGGAGAAGACACCUCAGACUUUUUCAAAACAAUAUUGGACUGUGAUUGCAACACACCCAAGAUUUCCAUUGGGAUUAUAACUGUGAUGACUGAAGAAACUCAGGAUUCUUCACAAGCACUGCAUUUAGAGGCUUCACACACAGCAAUUGUCCUACAAGGAGCCAUUGUUAUGGAUGAACUUCAAAAACUUCCGGAUGCCAUGUGCCUACUUUUUGGGCUGAUAUACUGUAUGCGUUUAAUACGAAGUACACUCCACAGCUCAAGAACAUCUUUGAUUUUAUUCAGAGACUGUUUCUUUCUCUGGGACACAAAUUCCUGAAGCCUAAACUACAGUCACCUGAAAACAUGCUGCUCAUGUAAGUAAAUGUUGUUUCAGAUUAAAAAAAUUCUGUCAUAAUUUACACUCCAUCAUCUUGUUUCAAACCCGUAAGAGAAAGGGUCUAGUCUUAAAAUAAAUCAUAAAUACAUCUUAAUAAUCUCUUUAUAUCUUUUAAGUUAGGGUCAUCUGGACUAUCAAUAGAGGGACAUAAAAUGCUUAACUGGUUAAUUUUAAAUAUUUGUAUUUGUGUUUCCAAGAAUAUCCAAACUUACAGGUUUGUUAUGAGAUGUGGGAGAGUAAAUUAUGACAGAUUUUUCAGUUUAGUGGCUAUCCUGUUACUAUCCCUUUAAAGGGUUAGUUCACCCAAAAAUGAAAAUUAAGUCAUUAAUUACUCACCCCCAUGCUGUAC